ACGGCGCUUCCGGGCGGGGGAGCCGGGAUGUGCGUCCGGGUUGGGUCGGCCCCAGCUAGUGGUUUCCUCUCCCCUUCCCUCCGUCUCCUCUUCCCUGCACCGCCGUGCCCUCGGAGGGAGCGCCGCCCGCCCGCUCCGUGAGGGCGUCAUCUGAUUCUUGGGAGGAAAUUUGCAGCUGCAAAAUGUAACUGUGAUGAUAUCCCGACGCGGCAAAACGUGGGGGAAGCUUAGCUUUUAUCAGAAUCAGUAGUUUCCUGAAUAAACCAGAGAGUCACCUGAGACGCAAAGAUGUUGGAAGAAGAUAUGGAGGUGGCCAUCAAGGUGGUAGUAGUAGGAAAUGGAGCUGUUGGGAAGUCCAGUAUGAUUCAGCGAUAUUGCAAGGGGAUUUUUACAAAAGACUACAAGAAAACUAUUGGUGUAGAUUUCCUGGAAAGACAGAUCCAAGUUAAUGGUGAAGAUGUCAGGCUAAUGUUAUGGGACACUGCAGGUCAAGAGGAAUUUGAUGCAAUAACUAAGGCCUACUAUAGAGGAGCCCAGGCUUGUGUUCUUGUGUUUUCUACAACUGACAGAGAGUCCUUCAAAGCAGUCCCUACCUGGAAGCAAAAAGUUGUGACUGAAGUUGGAGACAUUCCCACAGUUCUUGUGCAGAAUAAGAUUGAUCUUCUUGAUGACUCUUGCAUAAAGAAUGAGGAGGCGGAAGCGCUGGCAAAGAAGCUGAAGGUGAGGUUCUACCGAGCGUCGGUGAAGGAAGACCUGAACGUGAGCGAAGUUUUUAAAUAUUUGGCUGAUAAAUAUCUUCAAAAGCUCAAGCAACAAACAGCAGAAGAUUCAGAAGUAGUACAUACAAGCAGUAACAAAAUUGGUGUUUUUAAUACAGCUGGUGGAAGUCACUCCAACCAGAAUUCUAGCGCUCUUAAUGGUGGAGAUGUCAUCAACCUUAAACCCAACAAACAGAGGACCAAGAAAAACAGAAGUCCUUUUAGCAACUGCAGUAUACCUUAGACCACUUUUGGAGGAAAUUCAGCAGCUCAGAGAAUUGGAUGAAGUUGUGCAAUUGAAUACAGAAUAAAGCCAGCUGUAGAGGUAUUUUUACCGGUGCUUUAGCAAAUCUUGUGCCUCCUAGACAGAGGGUGGAUUUUGAUGAACUUGCUGUUGCUGUGGGUUUCUUGUGUGGCGUGAGACAUCUGGUGGCAACACACAGAACCGUGGCUGCCUCGUGCACUUUGUACAGAUUAGGUGAGCUUUUCCUUUCUCAAGGAGUUAUUUACAGAGCUAUGAACUAGGUAUUGCUGAAUUGCAAAGCACAUUUAAUGUAAGGAUAAUACUUAAACAUAUAGGUACGGACUAUAACUCUGUGGCCCAAGGUGAUGUAGCAACCUUGAAACUAAAUUUCAAAUAUUAGAAUUGGUUAGUCAGGACACUAACAAGAUAAAUGAAGAGCAAAAAACUACUACUUCAUUUUAUGCCUGACCAUAUUAAUAUUCUGCCAGGAUUCUGGCAGUCCUGUGGGUGCAAGAUCCUUGCAUUAAAUAUAUGUGUGCAUUAUAUUUGUAAACAUUUGGGAUUAAUAUCUAGGCUUGGUUCCAAUGUAUACGUUACUUGGAGAUCAGCUAAUGAUCAUCAAAUAGCAUCUACUAAUUGUCCUUUAAAAGUGUUGCAUUUCAAGUGAGGCUUUCCAAGCUGCCACUGUGUAUGAUUAACUUGCUAUACUUUGGGCCUAAAAGCUUAGAUUUAAAAAUGUGUGGUGCCAAAAAUGCUCCUUUUUACCUAAUGCUAUGCUACAGAUGUUUUGUAAGUUUGUUUUUCUCAGUCUUAACAGGUUGAACAAAUAACACUAAUAGCUAUUCAGAAGGAACAUAUGAUCAUAUUCUUGUUCAAGUUUGAUUGUUGUAUCCUGUGUCAUCUUAUGAAAAAGGAAUUUUCAAAGUGGUGUUACAAAUUAUUUAUCUUAUUUGAAAUUUUUUAAUACAUACCAUAAACUAAGUUACAGGGAUCCAAAAAAUUGCAGCUGAUUAUAUUUGGGAGACAUUCUUGAAUGUUGUCUCAGAUUUAAAGUUAAGGAAAUCUAAUUCUGCAAGAUGAGAGACAUGGCAAAAAAUUUUCAAAGUGCUUCAGUAAUUUUACAGAACUGAUGUAAAUGUUUAGGAGCCCAAAUCUAACUUCAGGGUUAUUUGGGCUAAGGCUCCUAAAUCACUAAGGUGCUUUUAAAGAUGCUAAGCAAGAUACCUUUUAUUUAGCAAAAAUGAACACUUUAUAAUCCUCUUUCAAGAGCAUGCAUGCCUUUUAAAAACUAUCCAUUUUGUUUACAUGUUUUUGUAUGGUAUGAUAUAAUUUUAACUUUCUAAGAUUUCUACAAGUCUGCCAGUGACAAAUGCAAAAUCUGCUGCUUAAAAAAAUCAGAGUUUUAAUAAUUUUGUAAAUGGUGUAUGAGAAUGAAAAUUGGUUGAGUGAUCCUGUAUAUUUUUGAAGGAAGGAUUUUUCACUAUGUGAAUUCAUGUAGGAAGCUUGACUGACUUUGUUUCUAAGUCAAUGAGUAUGAAAACUGAAAUGUAUUCUUAUUCCCACUGUCUGCAGGGAGAGAAGUGAGUGGCAAGUUAUGCACAAAUACUAAAGAUCUCUGAACUCUGUAUUUUAUGUUUACUGUAUUAGGCUUUCUACCAAGUACCGCAGUUUCUUUGCAAACCAUUAGAGAUCUCCUGUUGCUGGCAAGGAGGGCACUCCAUCCCUUUUGCUAUUGCAACAAAACUGUGUGUUCUUCACCAUAGUGUUUCCUGUUUCCUGUCUUUUCUCUUGCAUAAAGGCCUCUAUUUUUUAACAAAUGCAUUUAAUUGCUGUAUGUAUAAAUGGAGUCAAGUCUUACCUGUCUUAGCAGUUUAAGAAGUAAGGUACUUGGGAUAAGAUGAUUGAACAUCACCUCACAACUUAGGGAACAGUGUAUGCAUGAAGAAUUUUGACAACUGUUUUUAAUAUGGAAACUUUUACAUUUCACUGUCUGUCUACAAGUUUCAUGGGGUUUUAUUCAUUUUUUGUGAAAAACAAACAAAACCACAAAGUGUUUGAAACAUCUUUUUUUGCCUUGUUUGACUUUGUACAGCAUAUCGAAAAGUAAGUCUUUAUUAUGUAUAAUGACAAUUUGUACUAUUUUAUGUUAUACUGUAACACACCGUACAAUUAGUAUAGGUUGUUUGUAUUUACAGUAUGUCACUAUAAACAACUGCUUUUAACAACUCAGCAGUUGUUUCAUAGGUGGAGACUUCACAGACUUGAUAAAUUUAAGCUAUGUUGAAAUGCAGUGCAUAUACUUUAAUGUAGGAAUAGUUACUUGCAGCAGUGGGUAACAGUGAGUUUUCAUUUUACUCCCACCCUAAAUCUGAAGUGGAUCUUUCUUUGUUGAGACCUUGCAGUGCUUGUUCUCUAACAUGACUGUGAUGGAAUCUGCUCAAAUUAACAUCUUUCUGGGAAGUCACCCUGCAUGUACACUGCUUGAAAAUUUUGAUUCUUUAUUCUACUGGGGUUAGUGUGUAAGUGUAAACCAGAUAACUUGCAUAUUGCAGGAACCCUUGGGUAUUCAAGUCACUCUUCAGUGGCACUAACUUUUGCCUUUUGGAAGAAGAGACAUGCCUAAGUGUUUUAGCACUUGUGUUGUCCCUCAUGAAUAAUUUUUAUUACAAACAUUACUUCAUUCUCCACUCAAAGCGUACUCAUUAAAAUAUCAUAUGUUUUAGUUAGAAAAACCUACAGGUGCAGGGCUAGUAAUAAAAAUGCUCUUCUCUUUGCAUCCCUGGGACUGCAUGGUGGGUGAGGAUGUGGCUCUGUUACGUCCGUGGUACCCUGGAUUAAGAGCAAGAGAUUCUCGUGCCAUAAGACACAAAUUUCAUUGCACUCCUGUAUAUUCUUUUUAUAUCUUUUGAAUAGCUCAUUGGCUGUAUUAUCUGGAUCUUGCCACAAUUCUUUGCCCUUGGCUGAUAAAGCUACCACUAGCAGGAAACUUCAGUGAUUGUUAAUGCCUUAGUGAAACAGGGAUUCACUAAAGAGUACGACACUACAGCUUUGUCACUUCUGUGUUGUAUCCAUUCAGUGAAUGGGUGUUUUCCCAGUAAGUGGGGCAUCGUUAGAUGCAAAGCAGUAAUGCUAGGGAUGUAUUUCCAACUGGAAAUAGCAAAUCUCAAAGUUGUAUGACUGAUCACACUGAUUUUUGUGCUUGUGUGUGUGUGGUUAAUUUAAAAGACUUUAAAUAUUCCACUUAAGACAAUUUUGAAGCUUCCUUAUUUUCAGCGUUUCUUAAGGCAACACUUUUGUAGUCAAAAUGCCUGAAUUACCACACUGUCAGUCUGAUUUCCUGUUUAAUUUUUAUGCUUCAGUAAAAUAUAACUUUUUACUUUCUUCAUUAUUGGGCUGCAGCACGUCUGACAUGAACUUUUCCUUCGCAGCAUUUCUGUAGAGGUGGGAUAAUCUAAAGAGCAUUGAGCAGCUGAACACGCAGCACUCUGGGGGGUUAUGUGGGGUACAUGCACAAGACUCAGCAAGCCUGCCCUUGAAGCUGUUCAUGCAGCCUUCAGGCUGAGAGUUCCAGGUGUUAACAGGGUGAAUGAUCUGCCCUUCUCUGUGGGAGUUCAUCAUUCAGCAAGCCAACACACAUGCUGCUCCAUUCCAGUGACACUACCUGAGCCCCUGCUGCUUUUUUAAGUGUAGACAUAGAACUUCAGUUGAAGUUUCAGUACCUGAACACUAACUGUACUAAAAUUAGAGUGCAAGGAUGGUCCAGCAGGCUUGAAUUCAUCAAACAACCUUGCCAUCUUUUUGUAGGAAGCAAAAGUUGUGCAGGUCUUCUUUCUAAUGCACAAAUAGUAUUGAGAGAAGAAAAUAAUUCUCUGUUAAAUAUGGCAUCCAAGCAGAUAAUCAAAAUUAUUACAGCAAUGCUUAGAUUUAAGAUGAAAGGUGCCUGUAAUGGAAUAAGAGAAACCUGCUAAUGUUCCACGUUGAAGUGUUCUAUAUGAGUCAUCUCAAAGCCAGGUGAGUCCUAGUACUGAACUGGACUCAUUCUCAGGUUUCUAGUAGAAGGGUAAUAUUGAUAAAUAGUUUGUCAGUUCUGCCAAACUCACUAAAGUUGAUAAGAAAAAUUAAAAAUUACUGUGGACCAGAAGAAACACUACUCUCAUUGUGAGGAUUAAGAUACAUUGUUACUGAUGACUUAAAUGUAACUGGCUAAAAGAGGAAAUGUACAUAACUGGUUUUAUCAUCAUCAUGAUUUCAAGUAAAUGUAACAGAUUUGUAGAAAAAAAAAAGCCAACAUACCAUAAGUCCUCAAUCAGAAGAAUCAGUGUUUAAAACUGAGUAUCUUGUGUAUGUUGUUCUGUAAAAUCCCUACAAAUUAAUUCUGCUGUUCUCUUGUAAGUGACACUAGUUUCAUCGUGUGACUUAAAAUGUUUGUUUGUUUAUUGUUUGGUCUGAUAUAAGUCACUAUUUUUGUUGUUAUAUUAAAUUGUCACUAUAUUAAAUUUCAAAAAUUGCUGUAACUACAAACUCUGCAACCUCAAUCUGACUGAGAAACGUGUGCUUGAUUCUUGGGUGUGUGUUGCCAACAGCUGGGAUCAAAGGCAGCACAUGAGAGCACUGGAAGGAACAAGUGUGGAUGCCCCAGACAAAUAGAAAUGGUUUUUCCUAGUUCUUGCCUCUGAUUUCUUUAGCAUGUGGUUGAAAUACAAAAUAGGGAUUCUCUUCUGCUCUUAGUGAUCAUUUUGCUUUUUAUGAUUGGUCUGGCCAAUACAGUGACAAGGUUUAAGUUCAAGGUUGUAGACAUUGGAAGUGGCAUUAAAAUAUUAUUACUAUAUCAAA